AUGUGAGAUCUAAAAAAUGUUUUUAUAAGUGGGCUGAUCAAUUUGGGCCUCCCUAAGAUUUUCCUCCGCCAUUUAACAUCGUUGUCCAAAAUACUCUGCGACUUCUCGAUUUCAACGAGAUUCAUCUCGUGCACUGCAAAUGCUCGAAGUUUCAUAGGGACUGUCGUUUCCGAGAUUCGGAGAAGAAAUGAGAAUUGGUGGCAUUUCUCCGAGCCCACAGUUUCUCGUUCUAGUGUUUGUGGCAACGAUUCUGCACCGAGUCGCCGCCGCGUCGGCGGUGUGUGAACUCAAUGUCGAAAACAACAAGAAGGUCUACUACUACAGCCUGGACUCACCGGUUCGUAAUUUUCCGCACGGCAUCCUGAGUGAAGAUGGGUAUUAUAAGGUGGCUGCAAAUGGGACCGUGGUUUGGUUUCAGCUUUGCGGUUCAAUGAUAUUCAACCAUGAUCCUCCUAUGUGCGUUGGUUGUAAGGACUGUGGUGGUCAAUCACGCUGUGGUAUGGGUUGCAGUGCACUUGUUUCUAGCAAAAUAGAAGGUUAUCCUGUUUGUACAAGUCUUGGUCAGGCUUCGAGCACACUCAUUGAUGUCCUUGAUAAGAGAAGUCCUGAAAAAGGUGUGAUUGUUAAGAUGACAAACAGUGGUCUGAAGCGUAAUUGUUCACUCUCUGUAUCAGUUAUAUGUAAUUCAAAUGGAGUCCAAGAUCCUCAGGUGUUGGAGAACGUUGGGUUCUGUGAUUAUAACACAGAGCUGAAGCAUCCAUUAGGCUGUGCCAGGACUAUAUCCUCUAAUGGAAAUGGACUUGGCUGGUUUGGUACCUUCAUCAUCAUAAUCUUGUGCCUAUUUGGAUCUUACUUACUGGCUGGUGCAGUUUACCGGUAUUUCUUCCUGCAUGUUCGUGGAAUAGAUGUAAUUCCCAACCUGGAGUUGUGGGCUAGCUUACCGCAUAGAAUACAGAGUUUGUUUCAUUCUUUAGUGAGGAGAUUCACAGGACCUUCACAAGUUUACAGGAGCUCGUAUUCUCCAGUCGAUUUUUGAGCUGCCACUGCCACGACAAAAUGUGAAUGUGGUAUGUCACGGCUGAAAUUUUGAGAGCGCAACAACUUUACGAGAUGAAGGUUAUUUGCACCCACCUACACCCCUCAUGUCGUCAUGGCAUCCAUUUGUUUGGUUGUGGCUGUGUAUGUCGGAAUGUCUGCGCAUAGAUCUACUGACAUUGCUUAUGCAAAGGAUUAUCUCAAUCUCGCUGAAGUUAGGUGAUCUUAGGUCAUUGGUGAUAUAUAGUUUUUACAAUUUGACCUUAUGCUCAUAAUUCUCAUGUGAAUGACAAUAACAAUAAAUAAGUUGAGGAACGGAUCGACUUCUGCUUUCA